GUGCAGCAGGCCGCGGCAAGCUGGUGUGCUGGGCGCCGUGCGCCGAAGGCGCCGGACGCCAGGCGGAGCUGGAUGGCGGUCUCAGCUGGCGCCAAGAAGGCGGGGACCGAGGCGCUGCGGGCCGCGGGUGCGGACGUCUCAGACGACGACGUCGCGGGGCUCGUCCUGAAGGUGCGAUCGACGUUGAACGCGGGGCGGGCCCCACGUUCGAAGCUGGACGAGGCGCGACGGCUGGAGGCAGCGCUGGACCCGGUGGCCGUCCGCCUGGCGUUGGGGAGCCCCGAGGUCCCGGGCUCCGAGGUGGCCGAGGCCCUCUGGGGGUUCACAGAGGCCGCCACGUUCUCCACGCAGGCGGAGAGUCGGAUUAGACGAGUGGCCGCCGACACCGACGGCUGGGAGAAGGUCGCGGACCGGAUCUGGGUCCGUGCCGUCGGCGAGGACGGGGACACGCUGCCCGUCGACUGGGUGCUGCACCUGGGCAUCGGUCUCUUCCUGUCCAGCCUGGUGGUGGUGCUGUGGGCCGACUCCGGGCGCCACCGCCUGGCGGGCGCGGCAGUGGGGCUGUGCGGGACCUCCCUGCUCGUGCGGCGCGUGCCCGAGCGUGUGGCCGCCUGGUGGGCGCGCUGGAGGCGGCGCUCGGCCUUUGCCGCGGCGCUCAGCAGCGGCGGGGACGGCCUGGACCUCGCUGCCGCCGAGGACGACAGCGCGGCCUGGGGAGCUCCGGGGGCCCCGACGCCCAAGGGGAGCUGCGUGGCGGCCGCGGAGGUACCUACGGGCCCGCUGCACCCGCCUGGGCUCGCGGCGCUGCCGCCUCCGCCGUGGGCCCCACCUGCCGAGGGCGCGGGCGCGGGUGCCGCGACGGCGAAGCCCGGCUCGCAGGACCUGGCGGCGCUGCGGGCUUUCGCCCAGGGGAGCGAGGUGCCAGGCCCCUUCAGCCAGACGGCGGCCCUGCAGCAGCAGCAGCAGCAGCAGCAGCCACAGCUGCCGCCGGAGGUGGCCGUGCCAGCGGGGGGGCUCAGCUUCCAUGCGCCUCACGCUCCUGCAGAUGCUGUGAAGCUAGGCCGAGAGGUGCAGAUGGUGGGGGCCACGCUCCGCGAGUUCCAGGCGCAGGCUGCUACGAACGUGUACUGGGCCUGGCACUUCUGGGAGAGAGUCGCGGCCGUGGACGGCUCCCUGGGGCUGCGCCCUGACCUGCGACGAGUGCUGCAAACCCACGGCUACGUGGGCGCGGGGACGAAGUCCCCGCCAGGAGGGUCGCUGCAGCAGGAGCUGGACGCGCUGCUCUCCUCGGCCACGGCGCCACACGGCGCGGGCAUGCAGGCCUCCCCUGGGUGGGCCGUGGCCCCGCAGACCCAGCAGCAGCAGGAGGACAGCCGAUGGAACCUGAGCCUCCCGCCGGAUCUGAGGCGCGCAGCGCCGGAGAUCUACCGCGCCAUGCGGGGCGCGGGGGCGGCAAGCGCACGCGACUGGCUGUCGCAGGAGGUGACGGGCCAGCGGCACACGUCGGUCUGGACCGAUCUGUGGACCGCCGCCACCAACGUGGACUACUUGCUGGGCGGGUGCAAGACCCAGUCCGAGCUGCUCACCCGCCUGGCGUCCGACGACGCGCUGGAGUUGCACUUGAGGCGGCUGGCGAGCUACGUCUACGAGAUGCGGACGAAGGACAAGGUGGGGGCGGCGGCGAUGUUGGCUGUUCGCCCGCCCGGGUCGGCCGCCGACUUGGCCCCCACAUGGCUGGUGACCGAGGCCACGACCCACAGCAAGGCUGAGCACCAGCGCGACGAGAGGGUCCACGCCGCCAGCAAGUUGAGGACGCGCUGGGCUCGACGCAUGCGUGCGUGGCGUCGGGCCUGCGGGCUCAUCGAGCUCAUGAAUGGGAUGGGCCGCGGAUCCCUGGAGGCGAGACCAGCGGGCCAGCGCGAGUCGAGCGACGACGAGAUGAUGCUGGCCUGGCAGCUCGUGCAGCAGUACGCGUUACAGGACGCGGCGCGGUACGAGCGCGACUGCCGGGGGCUUGCCCCGACAGGCGGUCAAGGGACGGAUCUUGCCUGCGACAGAGGACCGCAGGACGCCUACACUGGAGAGCGCAAGGGUGUGAGCAGGCACGUGACGAUGUGCGCAGCGGCGGUGGCAGAACCGCCUGAUGACAUGGUCGUGGACCUGCUGGAGGACGGGGGGCUGGAGGAUGGCGACUGCGUGGAUGCCGGACCUGAGGACGCUCAGCAGCAUCGCUACGACGACGACUGGCUCGGGCAGCAGUCCAGCUGCCGCGCCGCGCCGCCUAGCCCGGCGGGCUACAGCGUGGCAGAGUGGAUAGAGGCCGUGAAGCGGGCGAAGAGGGCGGACGAGCGUGCGAUGGCGGUGAUGCAUCUCUUCGCUGGCCGUCGGCGGCGUGGUGACGAGCGGAGCUUGAGGGUGCUCUUCCUUUCCGCCGAUCUCCUGGACGACCCGCGGUGGGACCUGGCCAACCCCUCCACUUUCUCCGCCUUGAUGGAGCUGUGCGAGGGCGGCUGGGUGGACAUCGUGCUGGGCGGCCCGCCCUGUUCGACCUGGUCACGGGCGCGCUACAAUCGUCGCCGACCUGGGCCGCCGCCGGUGCGCUCGCGGCUGUGCCCCUGGGGUCUGCCAGGUCUCAGGGCCUGGGAGGCCGCGAGAGUCGCGGAGAGUAACACCCUGACGUUAAACUUGUUGGCGCUCUGCGAGGCGUGCGGCCAGAGUGGCGGCGCCUUCCUCAUCGUGCACCCGGAGGACCCAGGGCCCGCGCCCUACCCAUCCAUCUGGAACACGAAUGAGAUGCUGGACUUCGAGACGAGGCGCUCGUCGCGGAGAGCGUGCUUGGACCAGUGCAUGCUGGGCGGACGGACGAAGAAGCCCACAUGCCUGAGCGGCGCGCUGCAGGGGCUGGAGGACCUGAAUGAGCUGCGGUGUGACGGGCCCCAUGCCCACGAGUCGGCCGAGGGCAAGUUGGCCGACGGCACCUUCCGCACGAGCCCGCUGGCCCAGUACCCCGAGGGGAUGUGCGAGUCGCUGGGCAUCUUGAUUGUCCAGACCUUGGCCAUCUUCGAGCAGACCGGCUUGGGCGGCACCGGGUGGCGAAGGCCGCCAGAGGCCGACAGGGCGGUCACCGCUUGGAGCUCGCGGAGCACUACGGCACCAGCGGUGGCCGUGCGGAACGAGGACGUGCUUCGCGGCCGUGGGCUGGUGCUGGACGGGCCGCAGAUGGCCUUCUACCUGCGCGUCGACGACGGCGUGGUGAUGGCAGGGGGCAGCGGCUGUGGCCCACGGGCCACUGGGAAGAUGCACCAGCUGGCGGACGCCCUGGCCGAGGCCGGCUUCGUGGUCACCGACCGCACGGAGGCCAGCGACAUGCAGAAGGUGCUUGGCUACGCACCACAGGCGCGUCCAGCGCAGCUUCGCUUGCCUCCGAAGAGGGCACGGGAGCUGGUGCAGCAGCUGGAGGCGAUGGGCGCCACCCGCACCCUCCGCACCGAGGAGCUGCGCUCGCUCUUGGGGGUGUGGAUCUGGGGCGCUCUACUACGGCGGGAGCUGCUCUGCAUACCCAGCGCCGUCUUCAGGCUCCUGGAGAGGUACCCGCACCAGCGGGUGAGCACCUGGGCGACCGUCCGCAGGGAGCUGCGGGCCAUGGCUAGGGUAGUCCCGCUGAUGUACGCUGACCUGGGAGCCCCGCCAGCCCCCGUGCAUUUCGCGGCGGACGCCAUGGGCGCCAACGUGGAGGACGACGGCGGCUGGGGCAUCCUGGUGACCGACAUGAGCGAGGACAUCGUGAAGGACUUCAUCGACACGGGCGGCAACUUGGGCUACACCGUGGCGAGGCUGGGCGGCGAGCUCACUGGAUUGCGGCGCCCCGAGCAGGUCAUCAGACGGACGAAGCCCUUCAGCCUCCUGCCCGAUCGCGUGUUCAAGCCCGACGAGGACUGGACGAUCAUAGGAGCGGGCAGGUGGCGGGCGGCCGACCACAUCGCGCUGGGCGAGGGGCGCUGCGUCGUGAAGAUCAGCAGGCUGGCGGCCGCCACGCCUGCCCUUCACCGCACCGUGCUGCCGAUCCUGGAGGACAACCAGCCAGUCUCAGGUGCGGUAUGCAAGGGCAGGAAGCUGGACAGCACUUCUGUUGAGAAGGUUAAGCCGCACACCCUGGCGGCCUACAGGGCGGCGGCUAUGAAGUUCGUGACCUACCUGGACGAGCACGGCUUCGUCCCCGACGGGCCCGAGCAGUGGGACGACCUGCUUGUCGAGUACAAGAACGACAUGCAGAUGACCAAGUGCAAUUUUGAGUACGCCGUCGCGGCGGUGGGGCUCCUCUUUCCCUAUUCGCUCGUCGACUACAGGCAUCGGCUCAAGCAGUUUGAAGCAGCCUUGGGCCUCGACAUUCACUGGACGCCUCACUCGGCGCGCGCAGGGUUCGCCAGCGAUUCCGUGGCUCGUGGUGUCCCCUUCCAGGACAUCAAGGAGGCAGGAAGGUGGCUCACAGAGUCCAGCCUCCGCAUCUACGUGGACGUUGUCACCGCCUCCCGGGUCCUGGCACAGGCUGAGCAGCGAGGGAUCGCCCCGCUCAUCCGCGAGGCGGCCGAGAAGCUGCCCAACUACUUCCCGGAGGGCAUCUUCGGCGAGGGCGAGGGCAUCCAGCAUGCCGCCAGCGGGCUGGCGCAAGGGCCAGGACGGCGCCUGGGUGCUGCCUGCGGAGGGAGCCCCUCCAGCGCCGCUGGCGGGGGGCCGCCGGGUGGCCCACCAGCGCCCCGGGCAGCGCCAGCCCAGCCGCCUGCGCCAGCACUGGGCGCACUGGUGGAUGGGCUGCUCGCGGGUCCGCAGCAGCCGGGGGAUGCAGUGGCGGGCGCGGGCGCGGUCGAGGCCGAGGCGCCAGCGCCAGCGGCCCCUGGCGCGGCAGCACUGAGGCCCCCGCAGCCGCUGGAGGCGCAGCCGCUGGCAACGGGCGCGGCCGCGGGGCAGAGGCGCGCGCGCUGGAGCAGCUGGUCGCCGCUGCGCGCGGCCUGGCUCAUCGCAUGGUGGCGCGGACGCUCAACCUCGCGAGGAGUGACGUGGGCGGCGGUCGCCGCGAUGAUGAUCGGGUGGCGCUACGUUGCCGGGCCGCUCGCCCACCUCGGGACCAUGAUGGGCGUCGCGGCCAGCGUAUCCGUCUCGGCUGGCAAGGUGGUCGACAGCAGCCUCGGGGCAGUCAUCGCGGAGGCCUGGCGCGGGGUGGACAUCACCGACCUUCACGUCCGCCAGCGCCACGCCGAGCGGCUAGCGGACGACCCCGAGAUCCUGCAAGCCUGGAUCCAGCGCGAGUUCCUGACAGGCGAGCCCCGCCCGCCUGGGGCCGAGCAGGUCGCCACCGCGAUCUCUGAGGCUUCGGUGACCAUACCUCACAUGGCAGAGAGAUGGCAGAUGCUGAUCUGGCCUGGUCAAUACCGCGAGCUGCACAUGACGCUCGACCUGCUACCUUCCGGGUUCUACGGAGUCCAUAUGGUCGAGAGGAUCGUCAACUUCACGGUUCAGUGGAGCAACCCGGUGUGGAGUAGCCUCGACUGCGACAUCAGUUCAGAACGAGAUACAGUCGUGGCUCAUAUCAACUCCACCCUGGCAGGGCUCCCGCUCCCCGAGAUCCGCUAUAUGUCCAUGACUGAUCGUGAAAUCCAAGUUGCUAGGCUCCCAGGCGCCUGGAUCAACAUGGCCCGUAGGCUCGUUCGCGCUGUAUAUAUGACAGUAAAGAGUGUCCUGCAGCUCGUUUUGUUCGGAGUCUAG